AUGUUUCAACUUUGGUUAAUUUUACUAUUUGUACCGUUGGCGUCAACGAAUUUGCUUAGUGCCGGAAUACUGUCAGAAACUGUUCCACUUCGGCCGAAAAACUAUCAAAUGAUUGGUUUUGCUCAGUCUGCUUUGAACCAAACUGAAGUGGAGAUACGAUUAUCAUGUGUUGAGGAAGAUAUAGAUAUGACAUUUCAGGUACAAUAUGCACUCCGUUCUUCUCCAUGUGACAAGGAGUUCUUCGACGCAAAGCGAGCGGAUAAUUUGAGAAGAUUGUUGACAUUCUAUUUCUCCGAUUCGGAUCAUAUUCCUGACACCUAUAGCUAUGAAAAAAUGGUGUAUUACAAGUCGAAGCCGCAGAAUUUCUCCUGCAAAGAUUCGCAUGGAUCUAUCAUCUUCUCAGAACCUUUCCCUCAUCCUAUGAUUGUAAAGAAUGUUUCUGGUUUGGUUCCGUUUCGUGAUAAGAGAAGUGAUCCUAUUGUAUCAACUUCACUUUCCUCAUGGAAUCCUGCUCAAAUUGUCCCCACAGAUGGAAUCUACUUUCUUGUAUUGAAGAUCGUCGGUGUCUCCUAUCCUACCGAAUCUCCAACUGAUGAGUACAACGUUACAGUCACUGUAAAAUGGAGGCAGCCACAUGGAUUUCUUAGUGCAAUUGACUAUCCUCUGCUCAGAUUCUAUGUAAUAAUGUGUAUUUUCUAUGGAGGUCUUGCUCUCAUAUGGCUGAUUCUCUGCAUCAAAUAUUACAGGGACAUUUUAAGGAUUCAGUAUUGGAUAGGGGCUGUAAUAAUUCUUGGAAUGAUUGAAAAAGCAUUCUUUUUGGCAGAAUAUUCAACAAUGAAUACGAGUGGGCGAAGUGUUGAAGGAGUUCUAGAGCUUGCUGAAUUGGUUUCAUGCGCAAAAAGGACAAUGUCUCGUGUGCUUGUGAUAAUAGUAUCGGUGGGGUAUGGUGUUGUAAAGCCUCGUCUUGGAAACACACUCAGUCAGGUUGCUGGCGUUGGAUUAGUCUAUUUCGUCUUCUGUGCAAUUGAAGGACUUGCUCGAGUUUCCAAGAAUCAUGUCGAAGCAGCCAAACAGAAGCAGUUUGCCGCACUUCCUCUAGUUAUUACGGAAAUGGUCAUUUUUUAUUGGAUAUUCACUUCACUCGGUGCUACAAUGCGAACGUUAAAAUUAAGGAGAAAUGAGGUUAAACUGACAGUUUACCGACAUUUCAUGAAUACCCUUAUGUUUGCUGCUAUUGCUUCUGUGAUCUUCAUGAUUUGGAGUCUUUUAUUCCACAUAUUUCCCACUUGCUUGAAGGAUUGGAAAGAGUUAUGGGUGGACACUGCGUUCUGGCAUGUUUUGUUCUGCUUCAUACUUGUUGUGAUUGUCAUCCUUUGGCGUCCUUCUGUUAAUAACCAGCGUUAUGCAUUUACUCCGCUUCUCGAUGAUAGCGAGGAUGAGAACGAUCAAGAUGAAAUUUUCAACGCUUCUUCUCCUGGUUUCGAAAUGUUGAAGCAGCGGGAGUCCGGAAGUGGAGCGGAUAUGCGUCGUCAGAAGGAGAAGGAGCGAGAAGAUAAUAAACUGCAGGAUGAUCUGCGAUGGAUUGAAGAUCACAUUCCAUCUUCCCUUGCUGAACAUUUGAUCAUGGAUGAGGAGGAGGACAAGGAAGCUCGUGAAUUGGAGAUCAGCAAAAUGUUGAUUGUAAUUAUUGUGAUCACUAACACUGGUGUAGCUGUUUGCUGUCUCUUUCUGAAUUUCGCGUUGAGAUUUCGUCUUAUUGGAUCGUUAUACUUUAAGGAUUGUUGGUUGCAACUCUCAAGAUAUCUUCAAAUGAGCGGGAUAAUCGAUUACGUUUAUGGCUUUGUAAAUUGGACAAUACGAAGAAGGAUGAACGGCUGGCUGCGAGACUGGCUGGCCGGCUGGCCGCCGGACAGCACCCGUCUGGCUGGGCGGCAGCAGCCAUUUCUUCUCCGAGGGCUCGAACAAAAGUAUUUGAACGAUGACGACGCCUACAUGGAUCAAGACAUUGUGCUCACCAAUUUUACUGGUAGUUCACCAUGUAAAAUGGCAAGUAAACGUGCUCUCGAAUUAGUUGUACUGAAUAAUGCCAAUAUAUCACAUUUGGGAGAUGUCUCACAAAUUGCUGGUCUUAUGCAGCAUGUGGCUGAGGCAGAUCUUGCCUGGAAUAGUAUCAGAUGGGAAUGUGUAAAUGCUGUGCUGAAGCAUUUACCACAACUUCGAACUUUGAAUCUCAGCUACAAUCCACUUGAUGGCGAGAUCGCUGUGGAUUUACCAUCGGCCCCAUUAUUGCACACUUUAAUACUAAAUGGGACUAAUUUAUCGUUGACAUCACUAUCAUCAAUCCUUAAAAAUACACCUUCGCUACAGGAAUUACAUUUAUCUGAUAAUAAACUCAAUUUGAGUGAUGAUGAUGAUUCUGUCAUGAACGAAUCUGUGAAGACGAUUCACAUGAAUAGGUGUCGUAUCGAUGAUUGGCAACAGAUUGUCCGUUUGUUGAGGAGAUUCCCCAGUCGAAAGACAGUGUUUUUAUGUGAGAAUCCAAUAAAAUCCGUUAUUCAUCAUACUACCAUGGAAGAUUUGGGUACACUUCAAUCGUUGAACUUAGCAAAGACGGAAAUUGCUGACUGGGACAGUAUUGACAGUUUGGAUCGAUUACCAUCGCUAACCGACCUACGAAUUCUAUCAAUUCCUCUCCUUGAUGAAUUUAAUGAGGAGGAACGAAUUCAUCUAAUCAUUGGUCGUGUACAAAAUUUACGGGUACUUAACGGAUCAAUAAUCACACCUGAACAACGUGAACAAUCCGAACGUUAUUUUAUUCGUUAUUAUCAGGACAGAGACGACAAACCGAAUCAUUAUAAACGUCUAAUAGACAAGCAUGGUCAUGUAGAGCGAUUGGCAAAAGUUGAUCUAACACCAAAAUUAUCUGCUCAUGUUCAAGUUUUUUGUGAGGAGACAAACUAUCAGGCGAAGCUACGCAUCAAUCUGAACAAGAACGUUGGUCAACUGAUGAAGUCUCUGGCGAAGGAAUGUGGUAUUCCCUAUAACCGUUUACGGAUGUUUCUGACAACAAAAGAUGGUUCUGUGGAAGAGUUUCGAUAUCCGGGAAUGAAUUUGCAUAGCUAUCGUAUCGAAGACGGUGACGUUCUCAAUUUGCAGUCAAAAAUCGUUUCAACACGUCGUCGACCGCUACAAAAAAGUGAUUCAUGA